GCCCCACAGCCACGAUAGUUACUGUUUGAAGAAAAGUAGAGUGAGGUGCCCCUUAGACUGAAUCACCUACUCCACUCUAAAUGGUUUGCAGCGGAAUGGGCAAAACUAUGGAUCCGUGAAUCAAAAUAAGCAGUUGAAGCAGUAGUCAGUAUCUCUGUAACUUUUUUAAAUCAUUAUUGAUGAUAGUGGAAUCAUACAUCGUACGAGUUGUUUGUAUGUUCAGAUGCUGUAACGGUUCAUAUUGCUUCAACGAUACAGUGAUGACCAAUAAAGACUCUGAUUGGCUCCUAGAUCAGAAGGUGUGGUUAGAGGAAGGGACGUUGCAUCGUUAUGUGAAUCAAUUCAUUUGAGUUUGAGAGUUCUUAAGAGGAAUCGUGGCAUUCAAAAAAGGGGAUCAUAUGAUUUAUGGUUUUUUAAAGGCUGUAACAGGAGAACAUUAUGAAUAAUGGAAGGAUUGGCUGAAUUUACACAGACAAGGUCUCUGUGUUGUUUAAUGAACUAAGAAAAAAGUGCUCCUGAAGUUGAUCAGCAAGGCGCGCCCGGAGAGCCCCGAGUCUGAAAAAUGCCGAAAACUGAAAGAUACAGAGAUGAAAGUAAAGUUCUGAGUGGAAGGGUGAAUUCAACUGGAAUUGUCUGAUGACGCGUUUUAUUAUUACCAUUGAGUAAGCUGACCGGGAUUAGUAUGAAGCGACAUGGCGCGGUGUGACCGUGGGAUUCAACUGCUGCUGACCACCUUUGGAGCGUUCGUUGCCUUUAGUUUGAUGACAGUUGCCAUUGGCACGGACUACUGGCUGUACUCCCGUGCGUAUAUCUGUAACGCCACGAACAUCUCCGCGGACGAAACUCAAAUUAGGAAAACUAAAGGCGACCUCACGCACUCUGGUCUCUGGAGAAUAUGUUGUAUUGAAGGUAUGUACAGAGGAAGCUGUUUUCGGAUCAACAAUUUCCCCGAUGAGAAUGACUACGACACGGACAACUCGGAGUACAUUUUACGUGUGGUCCGAGCCUCCAGUCUGUUUCCGAUCCUGAGCGCCAUCUUGCUGCUACUGGGCGGUCUGUGUGCGGCGGUCGGACGCAUCUACAGCGGCAAGAACAACAUUCUGCUCAGCGCAGGGAUCCUGUUUGUGGCAGCAGGUCUGAGCAACAUCAUCGGCAUCAUUGUUUACAUCUCCAGUAACGUCGGUGACCCUGGCGACAAGAAGGACGAGGACAAGAAGAACUACUACGGCUACGGCUGGUCCUUCUACUCGGGGGCGCUCUCUUUCAUCGUGGCCGAGGCCAUCGGCGUGAUCGCCGUCAACAUGUACAUCGACAAGAACAAGGAGGCUCACAUGAAGGCGCGCCGCGACCGCCACAAGUGCCCGAUGUCCUCUUCGGCCCGGCCGUCCUGCUCGUCGUCCUCGCCGUACACGCGCAUCCCCAGCUAUCGCUACCGCCGGCGACGUUCGCGCUCCAGCUCUCACUCGACCGAACCGUCUCGCGACGCCUCGCCCGUGGGCCUCAAGAUGGCCGGCGCCGGCGCUGCCUCGGCCUCCUCGCCGCUCCCGCUGGCCGACAUCUCCAUGUACACGCUGGGCCGGGAGCGCCUGAUGCAGGGGGCCACGGGGGCCACGGGGCCCUACAGCCCCCAGAGAGACCCGCCCGGCUUCCUGCAGGUGCACAACUGUUUCCCCAAAGACAUGCUCAAGGACACCCUCAACCGCCGGACAACCCCUGUGUGAGAGGGACGAGGGCCUUGAAGAUGACUCCUCAAAGAGACGGUCCCUGCUGUACUGGAUGAUGACAUCUUUGGGGGGUUGUACUGUCAAGGGGUGUGGAUAAUCUAAAAAAAGCACAAAACACGAUAGACAGAAUAUUGAUCAUAUCAGGCAGACCCAAAUGUCGCCAAUAGAUUAAUACAUUUGUAGCAUCAGACAGGGAGCAUGCGGGUGGAAUGGUUUGCUCUAUAGAAGUCGCCAGAAGUAGCAAUAUUUUGUUUUCGUUAUGCAUCUGAAGAUUGAACAGUGAAACCAAGUGUUUUCAGCAAGUUUAGCUAAAGAUGUCAUUGUGUUUCGUAGUGCGGGACAGCGUUGUCUUUGUGUUUUCAAGAACGUUUUAGCGACUGUACUAACAUUGCAAGGAAACCGGUGCUAACAUACUUGUUGUAUCAGAAUUCCAGGAUAACCCCCCCCCCCUUAUAGUUGCAUUGGACUGAUCCAUGUGGCCAUCUGGGAUUUUGUUACUGACUGAACAUAGCCAUUUGUACAACUUGCUUUGAACCACUGCCAUAUAUAUCCUUAUAGGUGUUUACAACCCUUCUUAAAGCUAUGAAGUUGUAUUGGUUGGAGCUAGUGAAUGAUACUGUGAUUCUUACUCUGUGCAUGGAACAUUCCAAACACUGAAGAUAUAAAAUGAUCUUUAUUUGCUCAGGGAUGUUGAUGAUCACUGCUUGACUAAAAAGGGAACCAUUUUGAUCUUAAGGUCUAUAUACAUCUAUGUGUUGUGAAGGACCCCACGUGCUGUGUGUCUGCUGUGUUUCUUUCACCCGAUAAUCUAAUCCACAAAGUGUUUGAAAGGAAGGGAAUUACUGUUGUCAUCUUUCUUUCUUUUAUCAAUCUCUCCAUCCCAGCUAUUGUAAACAGCAACUGUCCCCUUUCUUUUUCUUGCAUCCGUCACUUUGACGUCCCACAGCUUAGACAUUCAGAAGUACUUCCAGUUUGAAACUGGUUCUAGGGUGGCCUUCCGUGCGCCCCCACUCUGAACCCUGGUCUCGAUCGCCACACUCAACGCCAGUGGGGUCCUCUCUCUAACGAAGCCAGACAGCUUGCUUCUUACACCCGCCGCGCUUAUUCUCACAGGACAGGGCAAACAUGAGCAGUUCCGUGGGAUGCUAAAAGGAUCGACAUUCACACACUUCAGUGACAAGUUUGGGCCCACCCACACUCCAAAAUGUUUCUGUCCCGAUGACUUGGAGCCAGGGAAAGGCUGGGACAAUGAUGCCUCGGCUGGAACUGAGAGGCAAACAUCCUCUGUUUGGCCUGCUGUGUUAAAUUCAUGUUAUUUCAUAACGGGUAUCCUCCCAAUGGAUCCUGACUACUCCACAUCUCUCUUUAAUGUAAACAAGAACA